UACGAGGAUACAGAUAAAACAAGCGAAUUAGAGAGAGGAUUGGAAUGGUGGGAUUAAAAUUUGAUUGGAGGGUGGGAGGGUAUAUUAAUGCAGAGACAGGGAGGACACACUUGAAGUGCAUUAGUCACACAGAGCUGUCAUUCGCUAUUACGAAGCCACCCUCCUCCCCUCUCCUAAUUCAUAGCCAGCAAAUCAGGGUUUGCAGCUGUCGGGUGCUUUAUCUCUCUCUCUCUCUCUCUCUCUCUCUCUCUCUCUCUCUCUCUCUCCCUCUCUCCCCCCCUCACUCAAUCAACCAAACCAACUCCUCUGUUUCAAACUACUCAUCAAAUAUUUGACAGCAAUACCAACAGCAACAGCAACAUUUUAAACUAAUGCAAUAACCCUUUUCAAAUUUCUGUGUAUUCAAUGAUUUUCUCUCUGUAAAAAAAAAAGAAAAAAAAAAGAGAGAGAUGGAAUAAUAAUUAUGGAGAUGGAGGAGCAUAUAGACAUGGAGCAAGCAAAGAAGAUCAACAACAACAACAACAUGAGGUGGAAGAAAUUAAGAGGCCUCUGCUUAGCCAAUAUUUCUUCUCUGUGAUCAACAACUGCGUUUGUGUAUGAGUUCAUGUGGCAAAAACCAAGAAACCAGUUUGUGAUUUUGAUGAUUUAGAUGCCAUGGCUUAUCCACAUUACCGAUCACAGUUUGGGGACACAACGUUUACGAAAGUGUUUGUUGGAGGGCUCGCUUGGGAGACACCAACUGAUGAAAUGCGUAGAUACUUUCAGCAGUUUGGGGAGAUUCUUGAGGCUGUCAUUAUUGCUGAUAAGAACACUGGAAAAUCUAAAGGCUAUGGAUUUGUGACAUUUCGUGAUUCGGAAUCGGCAAGGAGGGCUUGUGCAAAUCCAAACCCUGUGAUCGAUGGAAGAAGAGCAAAUUGUAACAUUGCUUCGUUAGGACGUCCUCGGCCUUCACCCCCGAGAGGAAGAAAUCAAGCCUCCGGUCCAUACCAGGGAAGUGCACCACAGGCUGCACAAUCGUAUGGCGGAGCGCCGCCAUUGCCACCACCGCUGCCGCCACCAGCCCCUAUUAUAUAUCCACCUUACAGCUACCCAACGUACACUCCUGCAGAUUAUGGGUACCAUCAACAGGCAAUGUACAACCAACAAGUUCAACAGCAGCCCCAGUACUACUCUCAUCAAGUUUAUGGAUCAUCACCAUCUUCUCCCAUGGGCACUCCAUAUUAUUAUCAUGGCUAUUCUUUUCAAUCUCCAAGGGCAACGUUUUCUUCACCCCCGGCGCAUCGUAUGCCUGCUCCUUCCUAUCUCUACUAUCCUACGCAGAUGGAACCCUCCUCCUCCUAUCCAAAUCCUGCUCCUCCACUCCUACAACAACCCCCCACCUCAAGGCAACAUCCUCCCAAUUUUACCUCUCCUUCACCUGAUUCACAGAAUCCACAACAUGCGUCUACAGAAACAGAAGCUGGAGUUGUUACUUCAGAAAGUACUCCAGAUGCCUAAAAGGACUCGUUGAUAUAUACAUGAUUUCAUGAAAAAAAUUUCAUUUGUAUAAACUUUAUAAUUAAAAGGUCAUGUUCUCUUUAUCAGCCGAUCAUUAUUUUCCGUUUGGCAGCCAUUCAUAGUAUUUUUUGGGUCGAAAUAGGUGAAUACUGCUUCAACAUUUCUUGUGUUCAACACAGCUAUUAUGUGGCAAGAAAAAGAUUAUCAACUAAUCAACCAACUCAUGCAUUUUUUUUGGUCUAUUCCCUUUCUAUAUUAAUUUACUUUGUUCAUUUUUAAACUGUAUCAUUUCUCCAGUAAAAUGUAUGAAGAAAUUUUGUUCUGGGCC